AAAUUCCUCCCUAUCCAGAAAAAAAGAAAAAAAGAGGGCGAAAAACUGUGAUCACACAAUCAACAACAAAUCCAAAAACAGCUGGAAUCCCGUCGCCGUCAUCAAUCCAACACCACUGAGUUUGUUUGGCGGUGUAAUUUAUCCGAUUACUUGUUUCCUAACCUCUCUUUCUCUCUCUAAUUUUCCCUCUCUAGAUUUUUUCGGAUCUUUUUCCAACAACUCCGACAAUAAUUGACGCCGGAUCUAUUUCUCCCACACACUCCAUAUUCAUAGCCAAAGUUUCCGCCUUUAAUAUUCUUAUCGGAUACUCUCCGCACACCCUUUCGAGAUCCUCCUCCUACCCCCCCCCCCCCCCCCCCUCUUUUUUUUUGUUGAAGUCAGUCUUUUUAAUAUAUUUGUACAUAUUUGCCGUAUUAAUUCUGCUAUUUGUCGUUGUUGUCUGUAAAAAAAAAAAAAAAAAAAAGUAACUAGUUAUGGCAUCGGUUGAGGCGUUUUUGGAGAUUCUGAAAAGGCCCACCAUUUGGGGGAUGAUGCAGUUUUUAGGGCCUGUUUGGUUUGCUUUUGUUUUGGGUGUAAUUAUGGGGUGGGUUUGGAGACCUAGGUGGGCUAGGGCUAGUUUAGGGAAUUGUAAAUUUGAUGUUUCAGCACCUUCUUCACCUUCCACUUUUGUUCCUGCUGCUCCUGUUAAAGAUUUUGGUAUGAACCAGAGUUUGGAUUCUUGUUUGUUGGAUGAUAAUGGAUUGAACAAGGAACAAAAAGCUUUGCCAGCAGCUGUUGAUGGUGGUGCUGUCUGCAGCCAAUCGGAGCUAAUAAAAGAAGACGGCGUGCUCGUUAUGUACGAGGAUUUUGAACAUUUACGGCAGCUGGUCGAGAGGAAAGAUGGUGGGCCCCCUUGGAAGCAUAUGAUGGAUCGUUCAACCCAAAAUAUGAUCUUCCAAUCUUUGCAGAGAGAUCCCGAGACUGGUCCUCCUCAGUAUUGUAGCAGAACCGUUUACGAAGAUGCAACUCCAGAAUUGCUGAGGGAUUUUUUCUGGGACGAUGAAUUUCGAACGAAGUGGGAUGAUAUGAUUGUACAUGCUGCGAUUAUCGAAGAAUGUCCCACCACAGGAACCAUGAUGGUUCAUUGGAUACGCAAGUUCCCGUUUUUCUGCAGUGACAGAGAAUACAUUAUAGGUCGAAGAAUAUGGGAGUCCGGAAGAUCAUAUUACUGUGUGACUCAUCUUUUUUUCUGUUUGGACACAGUGGAAUCAAGAAAAGGAAACGGGCAAUUGUCUGCAUGCGAGGUAAUACUCUUCCACCACGAAGACAUGGGCAUACCAUGGGAAAUCGCGAAAUUCGGUGUGAGGCAAGGUAUGUGGGGUGCCGCAAAAAACGUGGAGCGUGGCUUUCGGGCCUACCAAAAGCACAGAGCAUCAUUGUCCGGGUCGCCCGUUUCCCACCAUGCGUUUAUGGCCCAAAUCAACACGAAAAUCGAUCCGGAUCACCUGAAGACUCUAGAAGGUUCCGAAGAAGAUUCUUCAUUGGAAACGACGCAAUUGCCCUUGGCAGUUGAGAAACCCAAGGAAGGUGUGAACUUACCAAAGCUGCUGAUAAUCGGUGGGGCUGUCGCAAUUGCGUUUAGUCUUGACAGAGGGCUUUUUACAAAGACGUUAAUAUUUGGUGUUGCGAGGAAGUUCGGUAAUAUCGGUAGGAAGGGGUGUCCGAGUACUAAUUGAGGAUUUCUUUUUAAAUUUUUUUUUUUUGGGGGAAUAACACUUGAUAAGGAGAUAUUGGUCAGGUCUCGGAUACGAAGCAAAAAAAUGCUUCGGUAGCGAUUAAUUUAAUUUCAUAAAGUACAUUGUACAUGAUCCAGUUUGUAUAAAAAAAAAGAUUCUUUUCAUUUUUAGAUGAGUUUCUCGAGUUUCGGGUUUCUGUCAUUUUGAAAAGCUCGUGAUUUUAGUUGAGUUACCGAGUGCGGUUAAAAACACCUAAAUUAUAUAUUUUUUUCUUUUGGUAAGC